AUGGCUCCUCAGGAUUCAAAUCUCAUCAUCGUUCCUGCAUCUGGGAUCGACUCAUCAGUGAAGGGAUCCAUGAUUGACGUGGGGUGGGUGGGAGCUAAGAACUCUGGUAUGAUUGGAGGAGGCCUGGGCGCUCAGCAGUCCGGCGGCGUCAUAGUGACCGAUAUGGAGACCGGCUUCUCUGGCCAAUACGAAGGCAGCCAAUACGUUGGACAAUAUGGCAGUGGACAAUAUGCCAGUGGACAAUGUGGUGGAGGUCAAUAUGGCAGUGGAAACAUGACUUUUGACAACACACGUUUCAUGAAAUUCAACAACUCUGCAGCUUGGCACACCUGGCAAACCAACGGGCUGUUUUUACAACAGAAGUUGGCUUACCUAGGGACGAGGGAGGAGGGGCGAUAUGCCGAUGACAUCAUCCACGCGUACGGCUUCGAGGGGGUGGGGUCUCCAGCCGGCUCAGUGGGCUGCUGCAGUGACCAAGGCAACCAGGAAGACCUGGACUUCCUAAACACAUUGGGGCCAAAGUUCAAGAUAUUAGCUGAGGUCUGUAACAAGAAAUGAACAAAGAGAAUGUAAUGCAUUAUGUUUUUAUUACUGUAAGUGUACUCUUUUUCUGAUAAUACCAUGAAUUUUAGGAAUCUGUUAAGAGGGUUGCAAUGCUAUCAUUCAGAGUAAUCACACUGAAUUACUCUAACUGUUUGUUGGUUAGAGACAUUUUGCACUGGAAAGUACCAUGUAUUUACUUGUACAGCAAAUUCUCCAGUGUUGAAUCAACUCUGCGAUUUGUUAAAUGUAACACUUUUUCAGAGUCUAUACGGGUCCACACUUUUUUCAGUGAUAUUAACAUUUUAAUGAACACCUGUAGUGUUAAGGUAACUUGUAUUUGGGGUAUGGUGUAAAGCCUUAUUUGCAUAUUUCCCAGUGUGCCUUACCUUUUCGAGUGAAUUGUAGAAUUGUUAGUGACAAAGACAUGGUCAUUGCAUUCGUUCAUUUUCAGUCCUGUGGCUUUCAUCAAAUAAAAUGAUAAACAGUGGCCUGAAACUCCUAGUUUACAGGCCACAUCAGGCUUGCAUUCACAUUAUGCUGGCUUGCAAGGUGAUGUCAUUCCUAUUGGAAUCUAGCCAGAGUGUGGAUAUCCAAGAGUUUACAUUUUUGAUCUCCCGUAGCCUGCAUUCAGAAUGACUGUCAGAGUUUGGAAAAUUGAUAGAUGAGACUACCUAAACCAUCUAAACUGAAACAACCAUUGCAAUAAAUCUAACUAACAGAUAGAAUUAGUUUAGAAAGAAUUAUGUUAUUUAUCUUUGUGUAGCAUAAUAUUCAUUGAUCAGUCAAUGUACAUGCAAAAACACAGAUAUUGAAACAAACAAUAAUAAAAAUAAAAAACUGUAAUAGAGCAUGCUGGGAAAUAUGAUAAUGAUGGCCGUGGUUUUAAGUGUUUUAAUCACACUCAAAUCUGGUUAUUAACACCAACAAUGGAGUUAUUUUGCACCACUGAGUGUUCGUUUAAAUCCUGAAUCAACACUAGAAAUGUUCCACAGAAAAAUCAACACUAGGUAACACUGACCAAUUUCCUGUGUGUAAAUUGUGUACAUUAUGUGAUUUUUUUUUGUUUGUUGGCAUUGGUCAUGUUAUUUUAUUUGUAUAUUAUGGUAAAGCCCCAUGAAGUUUAGUAUCAUAGAAUCAAAUGUUUAUUCAUGUGACGCUAAAAACAGGUGCCUUGAAGAAUACAUGAAUAUUUGACUAGAUUAUUAGAUUUUUUAAAUAACCUAUGAAUUUAGGUGGAUGGGGUACAAACAUUACACACUAUUCUAUAUGGGUGUUGAUUAGACUACAUUGGGGCUUCUAUGUUUAAUUGGUCACACUACGAUCGUCCCUCUAAUCCAUUCGAUUCCUAUGAUUGAUUGGCUGCAGAGAGUCUUGUGUUUAGACUAGAACAGAAUGUUAUAGGUGCUUCUGUUUAAAAUAAAAGGUUCUGGGUGCUUCUUUUUAGAAUAUAAUGUUCUGCCUGCUUCUGUUUAGAAUAGAAGGUUCUGGGUGAUUAUUUUUAGAAUAGAAGGUUCUGAAGAGACAGGUGCUGAUACGGCCCAUGGGGUUGAUGAGACAGUGUCUGACAGUGAGUCAGUUCACACACUCAGCAUGAGGCUGAGUGUGUGAACAGGGAGGGGUUUGAACCAGACAGACAGCCUGUGAGUAUUCAUAGCGACAUGUGAUUGAUUGAUCCAUAGAAAGGGAGAUACCUAGUCAGUUGUACAACUGAAUGCUUUCAACUGAAAUGUGUCUAACUGAAACGUGUCAGAGAGGUGCGGGAGGCUGCCUUUAUCAACAUCCACAGCGCACAGGGAACAGUAGGUUAACUUUCUCAGGGGCAGAAUGACAUAUUUUUACCUUGUCAGCUCGGGGAUUCAAUCCAGAAACCUUUCGGUUACUGGCCCAACAUUCUAACCACUAGGCUACCUGCUGCCCCCUAUGACAUUACUAGAGGGGCUAUGUCAUAAACCCUCAAAGUUCGUUCCAUAAUGGGGCGAAAAUGGCAGCCAUUUUGGUCAGGGAGAAAUCCAAAACUAGUCUAGUUGGAAUGAAUGGCAGUAGAGGCAUAGGUGAUGCAUUUCCUGAUUUUACUUAUGCAGAAAAAUAAAAGUAAGGCAUGUGAUGUAUCAGAAAUUGUGUAAUGAAAUUAUAGUCAACCUCAAAUAUUGUUAUAUAAAUACAAUGUAUAUGGGUUUUAUACAAAUGUUAUAUGUAAAUAGCCCCUAAAUGUCUCAGAUUUAGUUUUAUUGGAAAGCAGUGCGUGCUAUUAUAUGAUACAAUUUCAGUACUUGUUGCAUUUACAACUUGUCUAUGUCCUAUCAUCAACUGAUUUGAACCAGUGUAGUGGCUGUGAAUUGACUGCAUUGUUUGAAUGGAUUGUUGGCAUAUUGGGAGUUAAUUUGGAAUCAUUCAUCUAAAACUGUUUGGCUAGCUAGCUGACACACAUACAGUGCAGAUAAAUUCUUCACAUUCAUUGUUUUACACAGUAUCUUAUCACAACUCUGGCAAACUCCCUGACCAACAUGGCUGACCUUUGGCCAUUUAUUAGAAGGUUCAUUUCCAUUCUAGUAUUCUAAUUCCUAAUUCUAUGGAUUCAACAGCAUUGUUCUAUGUUCAUAUUAUUCAUUUGGAAUUCAAUUACCAAACUGACCCAUUUUGUAAAUUAAUCGUAUUGCCUAUUUCGU